UUCCUGUUGAAAGAGAAGGAAGCAAACAUGAAGGAAAAUGUGACAUCAACAACUAUCUUUCUUUUGCUUCUUUUUCUCAACACUAACCUCCUGAAUGGACAAUCAGCUCCUGGAAAGCCCAAGAUUGAAAAGUGUCGUUCCCCUGAAAAGGAAACAUUCACUUGCUGGUGGAAGCCAGGAUCAGAUGGAGGAAUUCCUGCCAACUACACUUUAUUUUACAGAAAAGAAGGAGAGUCACUCACCCAUGAAUGCCCUGACUACAAAACUGGAGGUCCUUUUUCCUGUUACUUUAACAAGAAGCACACUUCUAUAUGGAUGAUAUACAUCAUCUGGGUCAAUGCCACUAACCAGAUGGGAAGGAGUAUGUCAGAACCACAUUAUGUGGAUGUGACUUACAUAGUUGAACCAGAUCCUCCUUUGAACCUGACUUUAGAAGUAAAACAAUCAGAAGAUAGAAAAUCAUAUCUGUUGCUGAAAUGGUCUCCACCUGCCCUGGUUGAUGUUCGAUCUGGUUGGCUAACACUUCAGUACGAAUUGCGACUAAAACCUGAGAAAGCCCCAGAGUGGGAGACCCAUUUUGCUGGACAGCAGACACAAUUUAAAAUCUUCAGCUUGUACCCAGGACAGAAAUACCUUGUGGAGGUUCGCUGUAAACCAGACCAUGGUUCCUGGAGUCAGUGGAGCCCUGAAAAUUCAAUUGUGAUACCCAGUGACAUCAAAAUAAAAGACACAACGGUGUGGAUCUUCGUGGCAAUACUGUCAUCUGUCGUUUGUCUGAUUAUGGUCUGGACAAUGGCUCUGAAGGGCUACAGCAUGAUCACCUGCCUCCUGCCACCUGUCCCAGGCCCCAAAAUAAAAGGAUUUGAUACCCAUCUGCUGGAAAAAGGGAAGUCCGAAGAACUCUUGAGUGCCCUGGGGUGCCAGGGCUUCCCUCCUACUUCAGACCGUGAAGACCUUCUGGUAGAGUAUCUCGAAGUGGACGACAGUGAAGACCAGCAGCUGAUGCCCACCUAUGAGAAAGAUCACCCUAGCCAAGGCAGAAAGCCCACCCAGCUCGAUCCGGACAAUGACUCUGGCAGGGGAAGUUGUGACAGUCCUUCUCUUUUGUCUGAGAAGUGUGAAGAGCCCAGGAUCCCUCCACCAACCUUCCCCAUUCCAGAGGUCAAUGAGAAAUCAGAUGAUCCUGGAACAAAAAUAAACCACAAUUGGGACCCCCAGGGCAUAAACUUCAAAGGUAAGAUCCCCUAUUUCACUGCUAUUGGGUACAAAUCUUCAACAUGGCCUAUACCACAGCAAUCCAGUAACCACACUCUGAGAUGCUCUUACCACAACAUUGCCGACAUUUGUAAAGUGGCCCUGGGCACUGUGAAUGGUCCCACUGUUUCACUGGGGAAAGAAGAGAACAAUGCUUUAAAUUACUCAACAACCACUGACACUGUUGGGGAAGAAACAACAGACAAGCAGAAUGAGUUGGGACACUUUCAUUCCAAGGUUGACCAAGGCACAACAUGGCUACUACCCAAUGAGAAAAUGCCUUUUAUGUCUCCCAGGCCCAUGGAUUAUGUGGAGAUUCACAAAGUCAACAAAGAUGGCGCAUUAUCCUUGCUACCAAAACAGAAAGAGAGUAAUGGCAAUACGGAACAGGCUGGCGCUCCUGACAACAGUAAAGAGUAUGCUAAGGUAUCCAGGGUUAUGGACAAUAACAUCCUGGUGCUGAUGCAAGACCCAAGAGCUCAAGCCAGGGUGCCAUUUGAAGAAUCUGCUAAGGAAAGUCCUCAGCCACUACAACACAGCCAAGCCGAGAAAAACCUGUCCUACUGCACCUCUCCACCGAGUGACUGCAGACUCCAGACUGGUGGGUUGGAUUACCUGGAUCCGACUUGUUUUAUGCACUCCUUUAAUUAAUUGAUUGAUUCAUUACAAUGUGAUUUUUCUUCAGGUAACACUACAGAAUAAGUUCAAUGCAAUCAAACACAGAAUGUUUAAGAAUGUGGUUUAGAAAUGGCACUAAGUAAAACCCAUCUGCAGCUCACACUUUCUUAUGCUUCACUUUCAUCCAGUUGUCUACUUUCAAACUGUUGAUGCCAGAACAAAUUAUUUUGUUUUCUAAUUGUAAUGUGUAGUUUUAAUUUUGGCUCGUAGUAUGCAAUGACAUGUACAAUAAAAUAAAAGCACAUUCCUUAGUUUUCAGGGGUGGGGGGGAUGGAAAUUCCAAUAGAUAUAUUAUUUUGAUAGGGAUUCAUGGCUUAGUACUUAACCAAAGUAAACUAAACAGUCAGAAAGAAUUGUUUAAUGCUAUACGAAAGGAGCAUAGACAUGUGUAGAGCAUGGGCCAUGGGUUCCCAGGUGUGCUGGCACACCUAGUCCAUAAUCCAUGCACUCCUAUAUAGAAGGAGGAAGAAGAAAGGAGAUUAUGUGCCAUGAAAACCCAAACUUCCAACGAAUUUUUUAAGCUUUACACUCCUUUGUCAUUUUGUUAGGAUUGCCCAAAUAGAAUGCACUAAAAGAAAACACCAUCCCAAAAAAUAUGGCCUACUUGUUGAAUUGUUAUGGCACAUCUUCUACUUACACAUUGAUUGCUGAUGUGCUAAGAAAAAACAAUGCCUUGGGUUGGUCUCUUUUUUUUAAAGAUAGUUUGAAUGCUAGCAUGAAUCUUCUGAAAUGUCAUAUUCCAAAGCCUCUAAAAUAUUUAAGUGGGGAAUUCAAAGCUUCUUAUACAAGAACUAAAUAAAUUGCUCUUAAUGGGGCAAAUCCCUCUCAAUAUUUUCCCGUUCCAUUUCAGCACAAUAGAUAUAUCUUGUGCACCCAAGAUACUUGUAGGAAAGGAAGAAAGAAAGAAAGAAAGAAAGAAAGAAAGAAAGAAAG